AUGUCCGACCCCAACAAGUACACUAUCGGUUGGAUCUGUGCUAUUCGCACUGAAUUCGUGGCUGCACAAACUUUUUUUGAUGAAAAACACGACGGUCUUGAAACUAGCGCUCAUUGCGACAACAACAAUUAUGCCCUGGGGCAAAUCGGAAAGCAUUAUGUUGUCAUGGCUGUUAUGCCCGAGUCAGAGUAUGGUAUCACCACCGCUGCGACGGUAGCAAAAGAUAUGCUACGUAGCUUUUCAAAUAUUCGUUUUGGGCUCAUGGUUGGAAUUGGUGGAGGUGCACCGAGCGUCAAGCACGACAUCCGACUGGGUGAUGUUGUAGUCAAUACCCGCGGCGUCUUUCAGUAUGAUUAUGGUAGAGAGACCCAGGGGCGUCCUUUCGAAACUACAGGGUCCUUGAACAAGCCACCGCAAUUGCUCUUGAUAGCAAUAAAUGCACUCGGAUCCCAGUACGAGCUGGAAGGACACCAGCUCAACGAACGUAUUGAGACGGCACUGCGGCAAUAUCCGCGUCUACGAAAGAAAUACUCGAGACCAAGUUCAGAAACCGACAGACUUUUCCAAUCUGACAUCGUUCACCCUGAUCUGCCAGGGGAGUGUGUCGAUCUUUGCCGCAGUGGUUUCAAGUCGCUGGUGGAUCUAGGCCUACGCGACGACCAGGAGGACGAUCCAGCUAUUCAUUACGGACUGAUAGCUAGCGCAAAUCAAGUGAUGAAGAACGCACUUGUGCGAGACUCGCUGGCUGCUGUCAAAAACGUCCUCUGCUUUGAGAUGGAGGCAGCUGGUUUAGCAAACCACUUUCCUUGUGUCGUGAUCAGGGGCAUUUGUGAUUAUUCAGACUCUCACAAGAACGACAAAUGGCAAGGUUUUGCAUCAAUGGCAGCAGCUGCAUAUGCAAAGGAUUUAAUAUACAAGAUACUGCCUAGCAAGGUCGAGGCUGAAACUCCUGUCAAGGAGAUCUUGACUUCUAUCAAUGACACAGCGAUUGCCACGAAUAACGCAGUGAUGAACAUGGCAUCUGACUAUCGAAAUGAUAAGAUUCUGCGCUGGCUCUCGCCUGCCGAUUAUACUUCAAAUGCCAACCUUGCAAGGGAACAUCGCCAUCCUGGUACGGGAACCUGGUUCCUGAAUAGUCCUCUGUUCCAAGAUUGGAAGUCAGGAUUAUACAAGAACUUAUGGCUUUACGGCCUAGUAGGAUGUGGCAAGACGGUUUUGAGUACCAGCAUUCUAGACGAUCUCCUAUCAAGCGAUAAACAUACAACCAUCGCUUUCUUUUUCGACUUCAAUGAUCCAAGAAAGCAGAAUCCAGAUGACCUCUUGAGAUCGUUAGCAGCACAGCUCUAUCAGACUGGAAGCAAAGCUGCAAAAGAGCUUGACAAUCUCUUUGCUUCCUGCAAUAACGGACAUGAAAAGCCUGACACUAGAGCCUUAUCAGCCUGCAUUGACACCAUGAUGCAGGCGGCGGAGCCAAUCUUUAUCAUAAUUGAUGCCCUGGAUGAGUGCACCAAGAUCCUGCAAAUGCUUCAGUGGCUCGAAUGCUCAACUUCUAAUAAGGCUCAAAUCCUUAUUACAGGCCGGCCUGAAGAAGAGCUCAAAACCGGGCUUUUUCGGUUGUUCGGCAAGGAAAACUGCACCUCACUGGACAAAAAGGCCAUAGACGCAGAUAUAUGGUCUUAUGUUAACUCAGAGCUCAAGACGAGACCGUCCUUUAUUGACAUGAAGUUAUCGCUAGCCGUCUUGAACCUGAUCCGCGAUAAAAUCGGAAAUGGAGCCGAUGGAAUGUUCAGAUGGGCAUCUUGCCAGCUUGAUGUCCUUGCUGGAAGUCUGAGCCCAAGAGAUAUCAAAAAAGCCCUUGAGUCUCUGCCCAAGAACCUAGAUGAGACAUACAAGCUAACAGAGGCUAUGGAAGUACUAGCUACGAACAUCGAUACAGAUCCACCAGGUUUCUGCCCUGACGGAAGACUAUUUAAAACUCAUAAUAUUCUUCGAUACUGUCCCAGCUUGAUCGUUAUUACUGAACAUCGGAGAUGGCUCGGUAUGGUCGAGGAGCUUCAUCUCGCUCACUUCUCCGUCAAGGAAUAUCUACUGAAGCAGGAUGAACUCGACCUUACAUACUCUAGCAUUGCUAUCACAAGAACCUGCGUAGUGUAUCUUGGUGCUUAUGGCGACAUUUGGGACUCAGCUACAAAAGUUCUUACAAUGGUAAGUUAUGCAGCCGAAUACUGGACAGAACACGCCAUCUAUGCUGAGAAGUCCGAUGACACUACUAGGAGCAUAAUUGGAUUUCUACGAGACGAGAAAAAAUUUCGGCGAUGGACUGAAUUAUAUCAUGACCCAGGCAGGUACCAAUCCGAGCGCCCUUCAAGUAAGGGAUCGAGACUGUAUUACGCCUGCCUCUGCAAUCUGAGAGAGGUCGCAAAAUGUUUGGUAGCUCAAGGGGAUGAUGUCAACGCAAAGAGCGGGAGUUACGUCACUCCUUUACAAGCAGCCAUAUCCCGUGGAAACCUAGAAGUUGUGCAAUUGCUACUUCAGAAAGGAGCAGAUGUUAAUGUAAAGGGUGGUAUAUUCACUCACCCUCUGAUUACCGCCUCAGCAUUAGGUCAUUCCGAGAUUGUGCCAUUACUGCUGAGCAGAGGUGUUGAUAUUGAGGCAUCAGACCACGUUUAUGGCACUUCUCUACAAGCCGCCUCACGGCAUGGCUACCUAAAAGUUGUGCAAUGUUUACUGGAGAAUAGGGCAGAAGUUAACACACGCAGUAGUCGUUAUCUCAACACUGCCCUACAUGCUGCUGCGGAGUUUGGUUGGCCUGAAGUUGUCCAACUACUGAUCGAGAAUGGCGCAAAUAUUCACAGCACAAAUAAACUGAGUGAAACUGCUCUACACAGUGCUUGCUAUAGGCACGGAAGUCUAGAAGCAUUGCAAUUACUAUUAGAGAAUGGAGCAGACGUCAAUGCAGCAAGUGAAAUCAUGGGCAGUGCUCUGCAGCGUGCCACUAUAAGAGGCAGUCUAGGGACUAUGCAGCUACUGCUUGACAACGGGGCAGAUAUCAAUAUGAUGUGUGGUCCGAAUGGCAGUGCUCUGUAUGCCGCCUUGUUGAACAGACGCCAAGAGGCUGUGCAAUUCUUAUUGGACAAUGCGGCGGAUCCCAACACGCAGCACCCUAAGUAUGGUACACCUUUGCAUCUUGCAUUGGCAAAACGAUUUUCAACCGCUGCACAGAUGCUGCAAAAUAGAGGAGCUUGCGAUAAUGAAAGAGGAGAGGGUCCUUUUCAUAGUACUGGGCCUCGUCUGCGUCCAAGUGACGUGAUUAUGAAAUGGUGUCUUGAGAGGGACUAA